ACAAUCAAUCAUUUCUCUUCCCCCUCGAUCCCAAUCAAACUCUGUAGCCUCUCAAGAAGCUUGGAGUAAAGCAACAAUGGCGUCCAGAGCCUGUUUCCUACACGCUCACCAACCACUAUCCACCCUACCUUCAAACCCAUCUCCUCGCCAUAUUUCAACCAAGCCCAACCACCUAAUCGUCUGCCGAUCAACCACCGACGGAUCAGUUUCUCGUAGAUUAGCUCUCACUGUUCUUAUCGGAGCUGCCGCUGUUGCUACCAAGGUUUCACCGGCCGAUGCAGCAUAUGGUGAAGCUGGUAUUUGUGUUAAUGCCAGCAAAUGUAUUUGGUAAGCCGAAGAAGAACACAGACUUUAAGGCGUAUAACGGAGAGGGAUUCAAGUUGUCGGUACCUGCAAAGUGGAAUCCGAGCAAGGAGGUAGAAUACCCUGGUCAGGUGCUCAGAUAUGAAGAUAACUUCGAUACAACAAGCAAUCUUGCAGUCAUGAUUACUCCUACUGACAAGCAAUCGAUCACUGAUUAUGGUGCUCCAGAAGAGUUCCUUUCUCAAGUGAACUAUUUGUUGGGGAAGCAAGCUUACUUUGGGAAAACAGCUUCAGAGGGAGGGUUUGAAGAAGAUGCGGUUGCAACGGCAAACAUAUUGGAGACUUCGACCCCCGUGAUUGAUGGAAAGCAAUACUAUUGCUUGUCGGUGUUGACGAGAACUGCGGAUGGAGAUGAGGGCGGGAAGCACCAACUGAUCACGGCCACGGUAUCGGGCGGCAAACUGUAUAUAUGCAAGGCACAAGCCGGUGAUAAAAGAUGGUUCAAAGGAGCUCGCAAAUUUGUUGAGACAUCUGCCUCUUCAUUCAGUGUGGCUUAAUGUGAUAAGGACCCUCUUGGACAAAAACUGAAAGGGCAUUUUAGUACAUGUAAAACUUUAAAGAAAAUAUCCCAUAAAAGGGAUUUAUAUAACAUAAGUUUUUUUUUU